AGUACGGACACAUUUUUGGGGGUCCUACACCGACCAGUACGUAUAUUAUGCAGACAGUGACACAGAUCCUAGUCACUGGAAGGCGCGGUGUAAGAAUGAACAUGUUCUUCGUCAGGCUCUUCUCUUGCAACCAUCGUGACAAGUAGAACAUUAUGCAUCAGGCCUCAUGCAUCAUUCUGAAGGAUCCGGUCGUACUCAGGGUACAGGGUAUGAUUCGCUUGCGGUUGGCCGCUGCUUCAAGGUAUAUAUGUAUCAUUUUGAAGAAAACGAAAUAGCCUUGUCUCCAUCGUCUUCGUUUCUCUCUUCGUUUGGUCUGUAGGGUUCUUCCUUCGCUCUUCCAGUUUUCUCACAUGUGUUCAGUUGAAGCUCAAGCAUCAUGCCAGAGGGGAAUUUAGUGGUGCUCGGCAAAGCUCAAUUAGAACACGGUUUCAAGUCGCCAUGUCGAUGUGCCACGCAAGAGACCUGUCCCCCAACGGGGAGAUCAGCCAUAUCGACAAUACCAAACGAAAUUCUGUCAGAAAUAUUCGUCGCCUAUUCCCGGUCUCGACUUCGUGACGUGUGGGAAGUGAAUGAAGGGCCCCGAUUGUUGGAGAAGAUUUGCGCUUUAUGGAGAGAUGUUGUUAUAUCUUCUCCUCGCGUGUGGUCUUCCUUUGCUGUGGUUGCACGACAUGAUAGUGGCCAUCCAUUAAUGGUCAGCGCGCUGAAAACCUAUCUCUCUCGGUCCGCGACCUGUCCACUCUCGUUUACAUUCACAACUGGAUUCUCUAGCAGCUCCCACCUUCUUCUCGACGUGCUUGUGUCACAUUCUGACCGUUGGACCAAUGUCACUUUUGACAUGCCAUUAUCACUGUAUCGAAUUUUCACGCCAAUUCAUAAUCGUCUUUCUCUCCUGCACUCCCUGUCUCUUAAAGAUACUACCACAUUUCAAAAAGAUAUGCGCCCCGACCUCAAUCCAUUCCAGUUCGCUCCCCGAUUACAGAAAUUGACCCUUUGCAGACGCUGGAACCUCGUCCAGGAUUCAUUUCCUUGGCAUCAAUUGACCUAUUUCUCCGACGAAGGUGGAUGUACCACGCUCCCAAACGUGUUAUUUUCCAUGUCCCGUUUGGAGGAAUUGGUCUAUCGGCCAACUGCGAAGGACAUCCUGAUAACGCCCGAGGUGCAUGUUCUACCACAAUUAAGGAAGAUCCGUAUACUAUCAGGUUAUCACCUGAACGCCUUCCUUGAUAGUGUAUCGAUGCCUUCUGUUCAGGAGAUCACGUUGGACGACAUGUGUCUCCGUUAUGAGACGAAAUGUGUCACCCAAGUCCUUCAAAACCUUCUCGUUCGCUCCAGAGCAUGUUUGAAAACGCUCAGUAUUGAUCACCUUGCGUACGGCGAUGCCUCGUACCUUCUAUGUUUAUUCCGAUGCACCCCUCGUCUGACGAGCCUCAGUAUACGAUACUGGUCGUCGCAAGAGCUGUCAAAGUUGUGUAGGGCAUUGUCGGAGGACUCCAGCGUUCUACCCGACCUACAAACUAUCAGCUUGCAAAGCGACCUCACCACCACCGUUUAUGAUGUGGUAGACAUGAUUAGGCGCCGUUGGCGUCCUACGUCUGGUAAUGACAAGCGACUCCAGUCGGUAAAGCUGUCGGGCUAUCCCAUCUACGAUAUGCCAUCCCUGCUGAGCUUGCGAGGCUUCUGCGAGGAGGGAUUGGAUGUGCGCUUCUGCAUGUAAUCAUCUAUAUCGAGAGUCUUGUUUCACUUUGAAUGUGAAUUGA